CGGGCGGCCGGCUUGGGCGAGCGCGUGGGAAGCGUCGUUCGUUGGCUGAGAGUCCUCCUGAGCGAAAGUAGUAAGAUUCCUAUUGCGGCUUUCGGGUGAUUACCACUGUUUUCCAGUUUGUACAGUCACAAGUUUGAAGGAAUGCCAAGUAUUUUAUUUUAGGAAUCUGGAGGAUUCCUUUGCAUCGAUACUAAAAUGAAAGAACCACUGUUAGAUGGUGAGCAUGAUGAAGCACUGACACUACAGCUGGGGCAGCUAAAUGAAAUAAAGACAGAACCCGACAAUGCUCAAGAGUAUUGUCAAGCCCAGCAACCCAAAAAUCAAGAGAAUGAGCUGAAAAUAAACACAUUUGCUGACAGUGCUUCACAGUUGAAUACAGGCAUUCAGCUUUCUCUGGCAUCAUCUGGCACGAAUAAAAUGCUUCCUUCGGUUUCAACUGCAGCUAUUCAGGUUUCCUGUGCUGGUUGUAAAAAAAUUCUCCAGAAGGGGCAAACUGCUUAUCAGAGGAAAGGGUCUACUCAGCUUUUCUGCUCUACACCAUGUGUCACUGAAUACAUUUCGUCUGCCAAUGUACCGGCUUCUACCAAGACAACUUGCUCAAACUGCUCAAAAGACAUUAUAAAUCUGAAGGAUGUGAUCAGUCUCCAACUGGAAGAUAAUACCUCUAGCAAAAACUUUUGUAGCCAAACUUGUCUUUCAUCAUAUGAAGAAAAAAGAAAACCAUUUGUUACCAUAUGUACUAACGGCAUUUUGACCAAGUGCAGCAUAUGUCAGAAGACAACUACUAUUCAGUAUGAAGUAAAGUAUCAGGAUGUGAAAUACAGUCUUUGCAAUAAUGCCUGCUUUUCAAAGUUUCACUCUGCUAACAACCUCAUCAUGAACUGUUGUGAGAAUUGUGGAGCAUACUGUUACACCAGCUCUAGCCUGUUUCAAACACUUCAAAGGGAUGGACAGUCUCAUUACUGUAGUAGCUCAAAGACUAUUACAGCAAGUGAGAAGAAACCAGCCAAAACGCUUACAUCUUUUCCUUACAAAUCAUUGAAACCAUCAGAUGAAAUGAUUGAGAUUACUAAUGACUUGGGGAAGACAGAGAUUUUCUGCUCUAUUAAUUGUUUUUCUGCAUACAGCAAAGCUAAGAUGGAUCCUUCUACAGCAAGUGUUUCCACAGUGCACAGUGUUUCAAUGGAGCACCUUUCUCCAAACAAAGAUUUAAUUCCAGUCAUAAGCAAUAUAGUGUCAUUAGCAGAUAAUCAUGUUGCCCUGCCCAUCAUGAACUCUGAGAUCUUACAAGAUACAGUUUCUUCAAUAACAACAAAUGUCAUUACAGAUAUCUCAAAGAGUUCAAGGGAAUCAAGUGAUGGCGUUGCUAACGGUAUGGAACAACCAGGCCUUUUGCCUUCAUCUUCAGUACUCAGUCCGCACACAGUUGAUUCCAGCAUAGAAGUACAGAAAGGUGAAGUAUUAAACCAGGACCCUGAAUACGAUGUGAAAUCUAUGCAAGUAAGUAAUGGACUCUGUCAUACAAAAUUUACGUCUAAAGCGCAAAAAGUUAAGGAUAAACCACAGAGUAUUAGAAAAUCUUGGCGUUCAAAUCGUCAGCGGGUAAAUAAAAAAGAUGUGACAUUUUGUUAUUCAUGCCAGUUGUUCUGCCAAAAAAGUUUCAGCAAUGGGGGAGAGUCGUUUGCAACCCAAGGCACUUCUAACUGGAAAAAAAUGCUGGAAAAAUUCAGAAAGCAUGAAAAAAGUGAAAUGCAUUUGAAGUCCUUGCAGUUUUGGAGGAAAUACCAGUUUUGUAAUGAAGCUGUCAGUGAUACUUUAUCUGAUCAUCCUAAACAGAUUGAGGACCAAAAGAAGUACCUAAAGCUUAUAGUUGAAAAUAUUUUAUUUCUUGGGAAGCAGUGUUUACCCUUAAGGGGAAAUGACCAUUCUGUUUCUUCUGUGAAUAAAGGCAAUUUUUUAGAAUUGUUAGAAAUCAGGGCAAAAGAUAAAGGAGAAGAAAUAUAUCAACUUAUGAAUUCACAAGUUGAUUUCUAUAAUAGUACACAAAUUCAAGCUGAUAUUUUUGAAAUAAUCAAGAUGGAAAUGUUGCAAGAUAUUGUGAAUGAGAUCAAUGUCUCCUCAGCUUUUUCAAUUAUAUGUGACGAAAUAACCGAUCAUGCCACCAAAGAACAGCUUUCAAUUUGUGUAAGAUACCCACAAAAAACAUCAAAAGCUAUUGUAAUUAAGGAAAGAUUCUUGGGUUUUGUUGAUAAUGAAGAGAAGACUGGGACCUACUUACAUAGGAGUAUCAAAACCUACCUGCAGCAAAUUGGAGUUGAUUUUAAUACAAUUUGUGGCCAGGCCUAUGAUAGUACCACUAAUUUGAGGGUAAAAUUUAAUAAAAUUGCAGCAGAAUUCAAGAAGGAAGAGCCAAGAGCUCUAUAUGUACAUUGUUAUGCACAUUUUUUUGAUUUAGCAGUAAUUAGGUUUUGCAAAGAAAUAAAAGAACUCCGAGGCACUCUAAAUACUCUAAGUUCUUUAUUCAACACUAUUUAUACGUCUGGGGAAAUGCUGGCAAAUUUUCAAGACCUUUGCAAGCUAAGUCAAAACAAAACGUGCAGUAAACAUACAUCUCAGUCUUGUUGGAUAGUCCAUGAUCGUACACUCUUAUCUGUAAUUGAGAGGUUUCCAGAAAUUAUUGAAACAUUGGAAGUUGUGUCAAGCCAUUCCUCAGACACAAGUUUGGUUGAUACAUUGAGCGAUUUGUUGACACUGGUUUCCAAAUUUGAGUUUAUUUUUUGUUUAAAAUUUCUUUAUCGAGUGCUAAGUGUUACAGGAAUUCUUUCCAGAGAGCUUCAAAGUGAAACCAUAGACAUUUUCUCUUUGUCUUCAAAAAUAGAAGCAAUUUUGGAAUGUUUAUCAUCUGAAAGAAAUGAUGUCUAUUUCAAAACUCUCUGGGACGGAGCAGAGGAAAUAUGUGGGAAAAUUACCAGUAGAGGUUUUGAAGUUGAAAAGCCUUCCCUUCAAAAAAGAAGAAAAAUUCAGAAAACAAUAGAUCUUGGCAAUUCAGAGAGUAUGUUUUUUCCUACUUCAACAGAAGAACAAUAUAAAAUUAAUAUUUAUUACCAAGGUUUGGAUAUUAUAUUACAAAAUUUAAAAUUGUACUUUUCAGAGUUUGAUUAUUGCAAAAUGAAGCAAAUUUCAGAGCUGUUACUUAAAUGGAACGAACCAUUAAAUGAAGCAACAGCCAAACAUAUUCAAGAAUUUUAUAAACUUGAUGCAGAUAUUAUCCCUGAACUGAGAUUUUAUCGCCACUAUGCAAAACUCAACUUCGUCAUAGAUUAUGCUUCCAUCAAUUUCGUUACUCUUGCCUAUUUGUUUAUUCAGCAUGGUCUUCACAGUAAUAUUCCUUGUAUCUCAAAGCUGUUACAUAUUGCUUUAUCUUGGCCAAUUACUUCAGCAGCUAAUGCAAAUUCAUUUUCCACACUGCCUCGUCUUAAAACAUACUUAUUUCAUACUAUGGGACAAGAGAAGCUCAGUGGCCUGGCCCUAAUGGCUGUUGAGCAGGAAGUGGUAAAUAAAUUGAUGGAGCCUGAAAGACUUAAUGGAAUUAUAGAAAAGUUUAUCAGUCAAAUGUAAGAAAUAUACCUGCUAACUGGAAUUUACUUAAAACAAUUUUAUCUACUGUAAUCCUGGUUUUCCUGUUUGUUUUGAUUUUGAUUUGCUUUUUCUUUUUUUUUUUCUUUUUU